AUGCCCUUCGGAGUUACAAAUGCUCCUGCCCUAUUUAUGGAAUUGAUGAAUCGAGUGUUCUCGGAAUAUCUCGAUAAAUUUGUGAUAGUCUUCAUCGACGAUAUUCUUAUCUACUCGAAGACCCAGGAAGAGCAUGCUGAGCACCUGAGUAUAACAUUACAAAUUCUCCGGGAGAGACAAUUGUAUGCCAAAUUCUCAAAGUGCGAAUUUUGGCUUGACCAGGUGUCGUUUUUGGGUCACGUGAUCUCUAAGGACGGAAUUAUGGUAGACCCAAGCAAGAUAGAAGCCGUGAGUAACUGGAACAGACCAAAGAAUGCCAGUGAGAUCCGAAGUUUCCUCGGACUAGCCGGCUAUUAUCGGAAAUUCGUAGAGGGUUUUUCCAGAAUUGCAGCUCCCAUGACGGCCCUCACCAAGAAGAACAAAAGGUACGAAUGGACGGAGAAUUGUGAGAGAAGCUUCGCGGAGUUGAAGAGAAAAUUGACUAGUGCCCCAAUUCUCACUCUUCCAGAAAGUAACGAGGGAUUUGAUAUGUACAGCGAUGCUUCCAGAUUGGGACUCAGAGCUGUACUUAUGCAGAAUGGAAAAGUCAUUGCGAGCCACUUUUGGGAUGAAAAUGAUGCUCAUAGACGAUUCAGAGAAUAA